GCUGCUGUCCCUCUUCUGUUAUCCCUCUUGGGCCAUUGCGCUGCUUGCACCCGACACGACCGGAUACCAACAAGCAAAGCCCAACGACACCUCAUGGAAUCUAGGUUCGGUUUCACGGGCCGGCGCUUCAUGAUCACCGGCAAACAUGCCCACGAGGGGCAUAUUGGACUUGUUGUUGGCUAUCGGCACAUUGAUCGACCCAAGAAGCCUACUGUCGGGCAGGAAUCUGCGCGGGAGCGUGUCGUCGAGCUCACUUUAAAUCUGGACGUUGGCGCCAAGGCUUACGUGGAAUUGGACCAGGUGGUCGAGAUUCAAACUGUACAGGACUCACAACCGGACACGUUCUACGACGACCUGCUCCACCGCAUCAGAAAUCCACAUCGAGAGGUAAUUCCGCCCCCAGAUGAGAGCGUGGAAGGAAACUAUGAGACGCCCAAGGGAUCAUCGUUGUCCGAUAAGCCAACAGACGUUUUUGAGCAUGAUGAUCUGUGGCUUGCGCAUCCAGACUUGAUGGGCAAGCGCGUCGACGUUAGAGUGAAAUCAGUGGCAGAGAUCGAGAAUGCCAGAGACAAGGAAAAGGAGCGAUUGAAGGGCAAAAACAGCCGCCCUCUUAAUGCUUUCAAGAAGAAGACAUUCCAACAUGCUGGCAAGACAGGGCUUAAAUUUGUGCUGAUCCGGCUGGGCGGCUACGAUAACGCUUAUGUGCCAGCUGAAUGUCUGGAGCCAGUGAGGACAGUGCCCGAUGGUCAGUGCAUCAACACUGUCCGAGGUCGGGUGAUUGUGAUCGGAAUCGACUGCGGCAAGCAAGACGCAGAUAUUGGCAGAUAUGCUGAAGUCAUACCCGAGUCUUCCGAGCCAUCGAAGGUGCUAGUUCGUUUCCAGGAUGCUACUGGAAUCAACGGCACAUCCAAUGCGGGCCUGGAGACGGCGAAAGCUUGGUCGCUCGUCUCUUGA